AUGACAAAGAUUGUUGCAGUCUUAGUAUGUUUAGUUGUUGUUAUUGCAACUUUAAAAACAAAUGGUGUUGAUGGAAGACAAUAUAGAUAUAAUAAAAUGGAUCUUCGAGCGUUACUUGGUCUUGAUCAAGUAAGUGAAGAAGAAUUAGAACAAAAACGUACUGUUCCUCAGUCACUAAUUGUUGAUUACGUAGUUACAAAAAACACCAUUGGUGCAAAUCGUUUUGAUUGCACUCAUAUUAAACAUAGUCUUCAAAAAAGUGGAGUUUGUAUUCUUCCAUUACCUGAAGCUAUUGCUUAUUGUAAUGCUGAACGUGACUGUGGUGGUUAUGGUGUGACAACUGACACAGCAUAUCAUACUUCUUAUGACCUUAAAGAUCGUGCACCAGCUGCUGAACUCUUCAAUGGCACGAAAACCGUGACAAAUAACGGGUGGACAUUAUUUGUUAAACAAAACUAA